UGCAAACCUGACACCUCCAGGGCAAGUCUGGCCGGAAGAGCCAAUGUCUUGAUGGUUGGGCAGCUGCCGCAGGGAAUUCGAAGGUGGUUCACUGAAGAUGCGAGGCAACUGAGUUGCUCCCCAUCUGAGUAUUGCUAUCAGGAUUUGCAUGAUGCAACCGGCGGUUUCAGCACUGCAAACAGGUUGGGCUCCGGGGCCGGCUCCGUGUACAGAGGCCUCUUGCGAGGCACCAAGGUGGCUGUUAAGGGCCAGGGUCUUUGUGCAGGCCAUAGCCCUAGAUGAGGAGAACUUCGAGGAAGAAGUGCGACUGCUCAGCCGUUUCCGCCAUCCAAACUUGGUGUGCUUGCUUGGCUGGGCAACCAGCCAGCAUGAACAGUACCUGAUCUAUGAGUUCCUUGCUGGGGGUGAUCUACACCACCACCUGGAGCUGAGCAAAACUGGUGCUCCAUUCGCCGCGUCAACUCGCGUUUCUGCAGCCUUUCAAGCUGCGUGCGGGCUCUCCUACAUGGUCAACAGCACGCCUAAAGCCUUUCACCGCGACAUCAAGCCUGCCAACAUCCUGCUUGACAGGAACGGUACGGCCAAGAUGGUAGACUUCGGACUGUCCGGCACCGUGAAGGACCACCAGGCGCAUCUAACGGUGGACCGUAUCAGCGGCACGCCGGGGUACGCCUGCCCCUUCUACAUUCAGACGGGCCAGGUCAGCGAGCGCUCUGAGGUAUACUCUUUUGGUACGGUCCUUCUGGAGCUCAUCGUGAAUCAGCCACCUGCGCUGAUGGAUGAGAGAGGAAGUAUCGUCUACCCGAUGCUGCAGACCAUCCAGCCAGCCUCCCCUGGUGCCCUGGAUCGCGUCCUCAAGCAUGCGGAGGAUGCCAGGUGGUCCUUGCUGCAGGACUUUGCGGCUUUGGCCCUGAAAUGCGUGGACAUGAACGCAGAUCGCCGCCCGCUCUUCGAGGAAGUCGUGACAGCGCUGCGACGAAUCUCCGGGCACAGCUCCGCGAGAGAACUUAGGAUCGAGGCAUCUCAUAAGGCCAGCGGAAAGCCGGACAAGAUGGGAGCUCAGGUUUCAGGAGCUUCAAGCCAUAGGCGUGAAGCCCAGGUGGCUGAGCUGCGACUUUUCUGCGCUUGGUCGCCCACGACGGCAUCACCGCAGGGGUGCAUCACGUUCAAGGCGGAUUGCCAGGAGGCAUGUGUGGGCAGGCAGCACCAGCCGGAGUUCUUUGAGCGCCUAGUAGAAAAGGAGUCUUUGGGAAUGAUAUCGAGGACACACUUCAAAAUUUGCAUGAGGCCAACGCCCAGUAUUAGCAAGCUGUCUGCGAACCCGAUGCUCGCGAAUGGUGUCCCACUGCAGCAAGGUUCUAUGAUGCCCAUUCAUGACAAUACAUUCCUCAGCUUAGGAAGCUCAGAUCCGGCCAUCGUGCUUUGCGUACGGCUUCGAGCCCCUGAGCGCCCUAUAGCAGCUCCGUGCCGACAGCGACCAGGAGUCGCUGCCCUCCACUGCGUGAAGUCAAUUUGCACGGAUGUCCAGCAGCUGCCACAGGAGGCGAAGAUGAUUGUCUUGGCCUGUGGACGCACCAUGGAGGUGGGACGUCAGCAUCAGAUCGCUCUCUUCGACAAGCUUUUGCAGGCAAACCUCAGCUGGCUGACAUUCAUAUCCCGAACGCACCUGAAGGUAUGUCUUUGCCAGGCGGAACUUUGUUUGCAGGUUGAAAACCUAAGCAGCAAUCCUGUCAUGGUCAACGGCAGGCCGCUGAGGAAGAGCCAAACUGGGAAGAUUGCGGCCGGCGGCCGCCUUGCUUUUCUGGCAAAGGGCCAAGACCAGAAGGAAACAACCUUCCUGGAAUUCAACCUGCAUGUGGCUGACACGCUUUGCAUGUAGAAACCAGAGUGGUGUGCUCUCAUGCCGCAAUGCAAGCGCCUUGCAGAGUUGUUCAACGCAUUGCAGAUCAGGCUCAAACGAGGACAGAAGGCAGG